AGGAUACUGCAUUGGAAACUGAGUCAGGAACCCAUUGGUGCGAAGAAAACACAACAUGUCCUCUAUGUUCCAACGCAUUAGCAAAAGUUUGGUCAAAGAGGUUGGAAGAGAUGACCUGACGCCUGUCAAAUGCCUAGCCCGUGCCAUCAAAUUACGUCAGUUUGCCUUAUUACAAAAGAUGAAUACUUCUCGUUCAGUUUUUUGGGAACAGUGUGACUAUGUUCCACUUCAGUUCUCCCUCAGUGACAUCCUGGAGUCAAGUUCUUCAGUCCCAGAUAAUGAUGUGAAUGGACCAUUAUAUUUCUAUGACACUAUGAUCCAAAAGUAUGAGGCUGGCAUAGGUGUGAAUGUUGGUGGAGAAUUGAGUGUGUCAGGGGAGGCCUCUGCAGACCAGGGAGGCUCCCUUGGGUAUCAGAUUGUGACCAUCUCAGCUCCAAACCUGGAAGUCUUCCAAAAAAGGAAAUUGUUGCAUCCAGAGCCAGAAUAUCUGAAGGGGUGUCGGAGGAGAGGGGGCAACCUGUACGUGGUGACAGACGCUGUUGAACUGAUCAGUGAUACUGUGCUGUGCGGCAACAGUAGUAUGAAUCUUUUUGGGAAGGCUUCUCUUUGGAUUACUUGUGGCAAGGGUCAAGGUCAAGGAAAGAUUUUCAGAAAGAAGGAGAAGGGACUGACUCUGAAGAAGGGCAUGGUGGUGGCAUAUAAGACAAAGAAGCUGAUUUUUGAGGAAAAAGACAGGACCAUUCUCAUCACAGAUGAUGAUGAACGGAGCACCUUUCAAGAUGUGUACAGAAUUUCCGAGAGGCUAGGCUACAGUGUGGCGAUGAAUGAGGAGUGGCUACGGUCGUUCACUACCAUCUCUCCAACCCUCUUGAAAGCCUCAUCCAAUGAUAUAAAGUUAAAACUGGGUACUGUGAUUGCUCACCUGAUUUUUGGUUCUGUGAUGGUGCUUUUCUUUGUGGUGAGUGUGAAUUUGCUGGAGGUGAGGGCAGGGAUCCCAUCCUGCACACAGGGAACAGAUUUCAAGCAUCUACAAGAGGAGGUUUCCCAGAAUAUAGAGGCACUGGCCCAGCUCUCAAAGGAUGUUCAGGGUGUCGUGUUCUAUAGUAUCCUGGCCAUGCUCAGAGAUGGAGAGGAUCUGCAGGACCUGAUGUACAUGCUGAAAUUGGACAGCUCAGGUCAUUUGGCUGGCCCUGGUAGUUCCAUCCUAAAGAUACUUCAACGGGAUUCAGAGCAUGCAUUGUCUAAAUCAAAGGAAGCCAUUCUUUAUCUCUUUGAAGCCAUAAUGGUGCUGACUGUCAUCCAACACGAUUUGCUGGCCUAUUCCAUGGAGAAGAGGAUCCUGCUUCAGCAACAGGAGCUGGUAAGGAGCAUCCUGGAGCCGAACUUCAGAUACCCCUGGAACAUUCCCUUCACCCUCAAGCCUGAGCUCCUUGCCCCACUCCAGAGUGAGGAUUUGGCCAUCACCUAUGGCCUGCUGGAGGAGUGUGGCCUGAGGAUGGAGCUGGAUAGCCCCAGGUCAACCUGGGAUCUAACCAUGAAGAUGCCCCUGUCUGCCCUCUAUGGUACUCUGUCAUUGCUGCAGCAGCUGGCUGAGGCCUAAGCCCUCCCUGAUGGGCAGUCAGUCCAGAGAUGCUGGCCCCCGCCCAGUCUAUGCUGUGAGUAUCUUUAGGGGUGCAAACUCUGCUCUUCCAGGUGGAGUAGAGACGGCCAUGGGUAGAGACUUUAGGAAAUGUUUUGGGGGUGGUGGAAUACUCUAUAUAUUGACAAGGGUUUAUAUAUUUAUCAAAACUCCUCAACAGUAUGUUAAAGAUGUAAACAUUUCACUAUGUUUAAAUUUUACUUCAAAAUAAUAAAAACAAAUACUGACUCUA